AUGCCCUGUCUACUUCAAAAUGAGAGAGAACGAGCUAUUGGGAUGUUGGCAGCAGGAAAGACUCAAGUGCAGGUUGCAAAUCAUUUUAGAAUGAAUAUUGCAAGGAUUAAGACUCGUCUUAGAAAUACUGGCACAACAAAUGAUCGCCCCCGUAGUGGCAGGCCACUAUGUCGAUGUUUGAUUUUCUUCCAUCUUAAUAUUUCCAGAAAUAUGACAAUAUUGUCUGCAAGUCUACUUAUAUCAAUAGCAGUUAUCACCAUAACCCAGGGUGGUGACCUCCGAAUAUCUGGACGACCAAUUACAAAUUUUACAGGAAAGAGAGAUAUAAUUUUUAUUCUGGAUUCGUCAGGCAGUGUAGGAACUGCAAAUUUUGAAAUUAUGAAAAAUUUUGCAAGGUCUAUAACUCGUCAAUACACAGUUGGGAAUACAGCAACACAAUUCGGCCUAGAUGUAUUUUCAACAACCGUAACGACAGAAAUAAAACUGAAUCGGUACAAUGAGUGUGCGAGCUGUCUCCGAAGGAGAAUAAGACGUGCUAAAUAUAAAGGAAAAGCAACAACUACUUUUUUUGCCUUGGACAAUGCACGAAUCAACAGUUUUUCAGAAAGUUAUGGGGCGAGAACUGGUGUACCUAAAAUCGCAAUUGUUAUGACUGACGGGAAAUCUCAAAAUCAAGAUAAAACUUGUGAUUCAGCGGAAGAUCUACGAACUUCUGGAGUGACCAUCAUGGUUGUCCCCAUUGGCAAUGGGGUUGAUGAUAAAGAGAUUGCGUGUAUAGCAUCAGGUCCUUCGUUCAUAUUACCUGUUCCAAAUUUUGCUGGACUUAGGGAGCGUGGGUUUAGGGAUAGCGUUGCACAAAAAGCGGCUAGUG